AUGAGAUUUUCCACUAUCACUCUUUUGGCCCUCGGUGCCACUGCCUCAGCUUACGUUGUACCAAACCGACAAGUCGUUGACAAUGCCGUCAAGGCACGCAUGCCAGAAAAUGAAGCCGUUCAAGCAUCCAACCUUGUAGCUGCUCUCUCAGCUCGUGACCUUGAAGCCCGCCAUCACCAGGGUGGCAAGGGCAAAGCCAAGGGCAAGGGAAAGAAGAACGCCCGUGAUGUCGAGUCUGAGCUCGAAGACAUCGUAGCCCGCGACCCCCACCACCAGGGUGGCAAGGGUAAGGGUAAGGGCAAGAAGAACGCCCCUAAGGGCAAGGGCAAGAAGAACGCCCGCGAUGUCGACUCCGAGCUCGAGGACAUUAACGCUCGCGACGUCGACUCCGAGGACCACGACCAUGAAGACCUCGAAGCCCGCUCUCCCCACCACCAGGGUGGCAAGGGAAAGGCUAAGGGCAAGGGCAAGAAGAACGCCCGCGAUGUUGAAUCCGACGACGAAGACCUCGAAACCCGCUCUCCCCACCACCAGGGUGGCAAGGGCAAGGCAAAGGGCAAGGGCAAGAAGAACGCUCGCGACGUCGACUCCGAGGACCACGACCAUGAAGACCUCGAAGCCCGCUCUCCCCACCACCAGGGUGGCAAGGGAAAGGCUAAGGGCAAGGGCAAGAAGAACGCCCGCGAUGUUGAAUCCGACGACGAAGACCUCGAAACCCGCUCCCCCCACCACCAGGGUGGCAAGGGAAAGGCUAAGGGCAAGGGCAAGAAGAACGCCCGCGAUGUUGAGUCUGAGGACGAAGAUCUCGAAGCCCCCAAGGGCAAGGGAAAGAAGAACGCUCGCGACGUCGAAUCUGAGCUCGAGGACAUUGAGGCCCGCUCUCCCCACCACCAGGGCGGCAAGGGAAAGGCCAAGGGCAAGGGAAAGAAGAACGCCCGCGACGUCGAAUCCGAGUCCGAUGAAGACCUUGAGGCCCGCGAUGUCGAGUCUGAGCUCGAGGACAUUGUAGCUCGCGCCCCUGAACCCAAGAAGGGAAAGGGCAAGGGAAAGGGCAAGGGAAAGGGCAAGGGUAAGGGUAAAGCCGCAGCCGCCGCUGCUGCUCCUGCCGCUGCUGCUCCCGCUGCUGCCGCCGCCGCCGCUUAG